ACAAAGAUAAUCUUCCUGCUACGUUAGCCUCCUACCUAGUUAGCUUUGCUUUGUCACUGAGAACACAGUGCUGUUAGUUGCUUGUGCACUUUAAUUAACCUUAUGGAGAUUUCAUAAAAUAGCUCAUAUUUUUAAUCAUAUAACAAGUUAGCGCUAGAUUCAUAUUAUUUCACCGACUAAUUUCCCUAGAAAACAUUGCUAAGCUAACAUAGCUAAUUGAACGGUAUGGUGGUGAGCUGGGUAGCCUAGCAGUUCAGUAUUAGCUAGUUCUUAGCUAGCUGAUUCAGCAUAAAAAUAAAACGAAGAAGGAAACAUGUCCUGUGCAUGCACUUCAGUGGCCCGUCUGUUCAUAAAUUCAGCCCACAAAGGUUUCUCAGGCUCCAGAGUUCAUCUGCUCUCUCUUAGCCGACCAGCAACUCACGAAAUCCGCCAGACACGAGUUGUCCCAGUCAGACCCUUCUCAGAGUCCUCAGUGUAUUAUGCGCCUAAGGACGGCAUCAAAGAUGGUGAUGGUGGAAAGAAAUCUGUGAGUGAUGGAAGUGGAAAAAGAUCCAGCUCAGGCAACUCCGGGAAAGGUGGCAGUCAGCUUCGUUGCCCUAAAUGCGGAGAUCCCUGCACGCACGUGGAAACGUUUGUUUCUUCAACUAGAUUUGUCAAAUGUGAAAAAUGUCAUCACUUUUUCGUGGUGCUCUCGGAAACGGACACUAAGAAGAGUCUGAAUAAAGACCCUGAAUCAGCUGCCGAAGCUGUGAAGCUAGCCUUCCAACAGAAACCCCCACCACCACCCAAGAAGAUCUAUGCUUAUCUGGACAAAUAUGUCGUGGGUCAGGCCCAUGCGAAGAAGGUGCUGUCGGUGGCUGUGUACAAUCACUACAAACGCAUUUAUAACAACAUGCCAUCUGGCUCCAGACAACACCAGGCAGAGGUGGAGAAACAGGCCUCUCUCACACCCCGAGAGCUAGAGCUAAGACGUCGGGAAGAUGAGUACAGAUUCACAAAGCUGCUGCAGAUUGCAGGGAUCAGCCCUCAUGGUAAUGCUUUAGGAGCCUCCAUGCAGCAGCAGGUGAACCAGCAGGUCCCUCAAGAAAGAAGAGGAGGAGAUGUGCUUGACUCCACACACACUGAGAUCAAGUUGGAGAAGAGCAAUAUUAUAUUGCUGGGACCCACAGGCUCUGGAAAAACUCUUCUAGCCCAAACUCUAGCUAAAUGCCUGGAUGUUCCUUUUGCGAUCUGCGACUGCACUACCCUCACACAGGCUGGCUACGUGGGUGAGGACAUUGAGUCGGUCAUUGCCAAGCUGCUGCAGGACGCCAACUAUGUUAUUGAGAAGGCUCAACAGGGCAUUGUUUUCUUGGAUGAAGUCGACAAAAUUGGCAGUGUUCCCGGGAUCCAUCAGUUGAGAGAUGUGGGUGGAGAAGGUGUGCAGCAGGGAUUACUCAAACUCCUGGAAGGUACUAUUGUAAACGUUCCUGAAAAAAAUACCAGAAAGCUGAGAGGAGAGACGGUACAAGUUGACACGACAAACAUCUUAUUUGUGGCAUCCGGUGCUUUCAAUGGGCUGGAUCGCAUAAUCGGCAGGAGAAAGAAUGAGAAGUACCUGGGCUUUGGAGCACCAUCUAGCCUGGGUAAAGGCCGAAGAGCCGCGGCUGCAGCCGACGUGGCCCACAUGACGGGUGGUGAGGUGGACGCUGUGGCUGAGAUAGAGGAAAGAGACCGGCUACUGAAGCAUGUGGAAGCACGUGACCUCAUAGAGUUUGGCAUGAUACCCGAGUUUGUGGGCCGCUUGCCCGUGGUUGUGCCGCUCCACAGCUUGGAUGAGGACACACUCGUCCGCAUCCUGACUGAACCCCGCAACGCUGUGGUGCCCCAGUACCAAGCACUUUUCAGCAUGGACAAGUGUGACUUGUCUGUUACUUCUCCUGCUCUGCGGGCUAUUGCCAGAAUGGCGCUUGAACGGAAGACAGGAGCCCGAGGACUUCGAUCGAUCAUGGAGAAGCUGCUACUGGACCCAAUGUUUGAAGUCCCUCACUCAGACAUCGUAGCUGUGGAAGUAAACGAGGAUGUGGUACUGGGGAAAACGUCACCUCAGUAUGUCAGAGCCCCAGCGAAAGAGGCAGCAGAGGAGGAGUACGACUCAGGAAUCGAAGAAGAGAACUGGACCAGGUUGCAGGUUGAUGCAGCCAAGAAUUAAUACAGUCAGAGUAAUGUUGUUCAAGCUUCCUGUAAAACCUCUUAAUGAAGACCAGUUCCAGUCCAUUAAGCGAUCGAUCGACAUGCAAGUACUUCCGAAGGCUCGUACACACCGAAACACAAGCCUGAAUGAUCUGUCCUAAUAUGUAAGCUGUAAGUUACAGUGUGCUAUAUGACAUAUAUCCUGAACUUUGUGAAGACAAUUGUGUUUAAGAGAAAUAUACUGAAUUAACUACGCCUCAGAAUGAGCGACUGUUAAUGUAAAAAAAAAACAAUUUUAUUCCUUACCAAAUGAAUGAUGUGUUUGGUUUUUAUGAGCUUUUUUGAACAAGAUAUUUAGGCAGAUUAAGGUCAUAAAUUCACUAAGAAAACAAAAUCGACGUCCAGUCACUUUUCUUUUUCAUAAUCUGUAAUUAUAACCGGUACCACCCGAGGCAUUUCAUUUUGUUAUCCAUGUUAGUGGACAGUGCUAUGUGGCUCUUUUACAGGGAACCGACUCUGUAUUUUGGUGCCCCAGAUGAGCUUUUUACCAAAAUGUCAUUGUAACAGUUCUCUAUCAGAGUAUCUGCUGCUGUCACUGUUACUCCAGCUGCAGUAUUUUUGUGCAUGGGUUUAUUUUAGUGGACUGAUUUCAACUAGUUUUAAGCAGGAGUGUACGGUCUUAUAUGGAAAGGGCUAGUGUGGGUGCAGGUUUUCAUUUCAACUAGCAGAAGCCACACCUGGGUCUACAGAAAGCCUAGAUCAACUGAGGAAUCUGGUGGAAUCUGGUUUGGCUUCUGUUUGAUUGAGAUGAAAACCUGCACCCUUACAAAACCGGACCUUCGCGGAGAAGACGACACCACCAAACUAACCACUGAUACUGAACACGGCUGACUCAUUGGGCUUUUGCUUAAAUUCCAGACAGUGUUUUCUUGCUGUAACACAGUACACAGUUACUCCAAUAAAAUGCAUUCAGUUCUGCUUUAACAGUAACACACACCUCUCUCCUGCUUGCCUGUGUGUAAAGGCCAUCAUUUGAUUACAGCAUUACAUCACUUCCUUCAGGUGUAGCACCACUUGUUCUGCAGUUUUAUUAAUAGCAGAAUUGCUGAACCAAAUGUUUUGUUUUGUUUCUAUAGUAAAGCUUACGAUUGCCUUCAGUUUGCACUUUCUUGGAUGCUUACAUGGUGUACAUUUCUGUUUAGCCUUAACAUCACAGAGCAAUCAGGUGUCGGGGUGUGUGCCAUGCAUAAACAGGGUAGCUUUUUUUCCACACUCAUGCACAUCUGGCAAAGAGCAACUGUAUCAGCUUCAAGAGCAGUUUAGGUCUAAUCCCAUUGUUAAUCUCAUGCUGCGCAAUGUAGCCUUCACGGUUCAGUGAUUUUUUAGAUGGCUAAUUCUUGAUCGAAACUCUUACAUUGAGACGCUUGAUGAACUGGAGCCCAGCCUUCCUCAGUCUUUUGUAGAAUGUUUUGUAGAACAUGGUCAAAAUAUAUGGAUUAAUAAAGCUGUCAAUGACUUUC